GGCAGGCACCGUAAUCGCUCAGCUAUCCUCAAUUCCGCGUAUGGCGCAAUACUGUCUGAAUCAGCGCUCUCUCCCCAACAGUCAUGAAAAGCGAGGCAAAGCUCGAUUCCUCCAUUGGCGAAGGAUUUCAUCUGCCAUUUUAGGAAUUGAAUUGCCUAUACGACACAUAAAACACUACUGUGCAUUUCACGCGUUCUCGAGGCUUCUAAAGGACCGCCAUGGCAGCGAAUCGAUGGAGUGGCGUUCUUAAUGGGGAUAUCAGUUCUCUGCAUCGGUUUUCUUCAGAUUGAUGCUUACGAUCCACUCGAUCCUAACGGGAAUAUUACAAUCAAGUGGGAUAUUAAGAACUGGACGCCCGAUGGAUAUAUCGCUUCCGUUACCAUCGUUAACUAUCAAAAAUUUCGACACAUUGAGGCACCAGGAUGGCGACUCGGCUGGGCUUGGGCGAAGAAAGAAGUGAUUUGGGACGUGGUUGGCGGGCAAACUACCGAGCAAGGAGAUUGUUCGCGAUUCCAAGGAAACAUUCCACAUUGCUGUAAGAAGAAUCCUACGGUCGUCGAUUUAAUGCCGGGAACGCCUUACAACAAACAAGUCGCGAAUUGCUGCAGGGGCGGAGUCAUAAGCGCCGCCAUCCAAGAUCCUGCGACAGCUAUCAGUUCGUUUCAGCUGAGUGUUGGGCAGGCCGGGACGAGCAACAAAACUGUCCGUUUGCCCGAGAAUUUCACCCUGCUGACUCCCGGCCCCGGCUACACUUGUGGCCCGGCCAAAAUAGUUGAUCCGACGAAAUUCCCUUCGCAGGAUAAGAGGAGGUUUACGCAGGCGCUAAUGACGUGGAAUGUUACUUGCACUUACUCGCAAUUCCUCGCCCAAAAUGCUCCAACGUGUUGCGUCUCGUUGUCUGCGUUUUAUAAUCAGACGAUUGUAGGUUGUCCGACUUGCUCUUGCGGAUGCCCAAAGAUCGCUCAACCGGGGAGCUGCGUGAAGUAAGUAUUUGUUUAUUCGUUGUUGGAGGAUUAUAUAAUAGAUAAUUAAUGAUGCAUUUUUUACGAUUUAAACUUUUAGAUGAGAUAGUCAUAUAAUAUAUAGUAUUAGAGCGAGAGAUUUUGUGUUUGAGAAUUUUUGGAUGAGAUGACCAUUUAAUAUGGGAUUAGAAUCGGAGUUCUGUGUUCGAAAACUUUUAGAUGACAUAGCCAUUUAAUAUGAUAUUAGAGCGGGAGGUUCCGUGUUCGAGAACUUUUAGAUGAGAUGGUCGUUUAAUAUGAUAUCAGAGCGUGAUGUUCCGUGUUCGAGAACUUUUAGAUGAGAUGGUCGUUUAAUAUGAUAUCAGAGCGGGAGGUUCAGUGUUAGAGAACUUUUAAAUGCGAUGGUCGUUUAAUAUGAUAUCAAAGCGGAAGAUUUUGUGUUCGAUAACUUUUAGAUGAGAUGGACGUUUAAUAUGAUAUUAGAGUGGGAGGUUCAGUGUUUGAGAACUUUUAGAUGAGAUAAUCGUUUAAAAUAUGAUAUCAGAGCGGGAGGUUCAGUCUUCAAGAACUUUUAGAUGAAAUGAUCGUUUAAUAUGAUAUCAGAGCGGGAGGUUUAAUGUUCGAGAUCGAUCAAAUUAUUUGGAUCGAUCUUUCGAUGUUGUUUUCUUUUGUUUCAGCUCCGACUCUCCUCGCAUAGCUUCGGUUGUUCCAAACGAUCCGAACAAUCCAACGCCUAUUCUCCGUUGCACCCGCCACAUGUGCCCGGUGCGAGUCCAUUGGCACGUCAAAUUGAACUACAAGCAAUAUUGGCGCGUGAAGAUCGCCAUCACGAAUUUCAA